AUGCCUCUCUUGGAAGUCGAAACAGUUGAUCUUGCCACAAUUAUCAAGAGAAGAAGAAAGUGUGGGGUCAGAUAAGCUUAACUAAGGACUCUUGAGCAAACUGAGCAAUCUGGCUAACAUGUUUUAUCCGAGCAGUGGCCCCCCCAACAGGAUUCAAUCAAAUAAUCAGUAAGAUAAUGAGAUUGUCCUGAUCUAUAAGCCGUCAUUGCACAGAAGACAGUUAACGUGCGAAAUCCAGCCGAGCCCAUCCUCGACUACCGUACACGAUUCCCGCUGCAAAAUAUGCAGGAAGUGGUUAACCACCAAAUAAUACACCUUUGACCUGAUGCUUCACCGCGCACAUUUAUAUACCCAUGUGGUCUCUAUUCCCUCUCCACUACACUGCUACUCCAUUGAAAAGCCAAAGAAGUAAAAGGAAAUGGGGAAAGAGAAUGUCGUAUCGGAGAACAUGAAGCUUCUUCUAGCAUUGCUCGCUCUUCAGUUCUGCUUUGCAGGAUUUCGCAUUGUGUCUAGGGUUGCACUCAACAUUGGCAUCAGCAAAGUCGUUUAUCCUGUUGACAGGAACAUCAUCGUCUUGAUUUUGUUGGGCCCUUUCGCUUAUUUCUUGGAAAAGAAGGAUAGACCACCUCUUACUUUCUCUUUGCUGGUUUAGUUCUUUCUUCUUGCGCUGCUAGGGAUAACUGCAAACCAAGGAUUUUAUCUGUUGGGACUGUAUUAUGCAUCACCAACCUUUGCCUCAGCAAUGCAAAAUUCUGUUCCUGCUAUCACAUUUGUCAUGGCUUCUGCUCUAAGACUUGAACGAGUUCAUAUCGCUAGAAGGGAUGGCUUGACGAAAAUUGUAGGAACAAUUGCUAGUGUUGGGGGUGCCACAACCAUCACUCUCUUUGAAGGCCUUCCUCUUUUGCACCAGAAGCUGACACAAGGCAACAUAGCCGAAGAAGACGUGACUGUGAGGCAAAUGCAGAAUUGGACAUGGGGUUGUAUAUAUUUGCUUGGACACUGCUUAUCAUGGGCUGGUUGGAUGGUUCUUCAGGCUCCGAUCUUGAAGAAGUACCCAGCAAAGCUCACUCUCACAUUGUUCACUUGUUUUUUCGGGUUGAUCCAGUUCUUGGUCAUAGCAGUGUUCGUGGAAACCGACACCGAGCGUUGGAAAAUCCAGUCCGGAGAGGAGCUGUUCACGAUUCUCUACGCGGGAAUAGUUGCUUCUGGAGUGGUCCUCUCUCUGCAGACUUGGUGCAUCCACAAAGGAGGUCCCGUCUCCGUCGCCGUUUUCCAGCCUGUGCAGACACUUCUAGUCGCUGUUAUGGCGAUCUUCUUUUUCGGGGACCUUCUUUUUCGGGGCAGGCUUCUUGGAGCGGCUCUGAUUAUGGUGGGACUCUCCUCGGUUUUAUGGGGCAAAACGGAGGAGAAAAGAAUGGAAAUCCAACAAAAGGAAGAGACGCUAACAAAGCAUCUCCUUGAAGCUUCUGCCGCUACAGAGGACGGAAGAAGUCAUGUGGCCUCCGAUCUACCUGGAGUUGCUUUCUAGUCGUAUACACAAUCAAUAAAUUUGGUAAACUGACUUGAAGUCGGCGAUUGAUAACUUCUCCAAAGAGAGAAUUUCAGUCCCUCUAGUAGAAUGAAGCGUCUAGUUUACUGUAAAUCUGACAAGACUAUCCAUUUUCAAUGAAUCUGAAAUUGACCGCCGCGAUCAGCUGUUGUCAUGUUAA